AUGUCAAUGAUAUGUUUUCAACAAAUAAAAAGGUACUUACAUAUUUCAGAUAUUAAUUCUGAAAAACUUCAUUGGUUUGAUAAGGUUGAACCUCUUAUAUCACAUGUUCAAAAUAUUAGCAAACAAAUGUAUGUACCAGGUUCGAAUAUAUCGAUUGAUGAAAUGAUAGUACGGUUUUCAGGGUAUAGUAAACACACAUUUAGGAUGAAAAAUAAACCUAUAUCUGAAGGUUACAAGAUAAUAUCAUUAUGUGAAAAAGGCUAUACUUACAUAUUUGUACUGGAAUCACAUGUUGAAAAUAAUAAUGAAAUUCCAAGUAUUUUUGGUCUUAGCAAAGGAUUUCUAGUUUUAUAUCUUGUUAUGCAAUUAUCUAAUAGUCAGGCAUAUAAUAUUUAUAUGGACAAUUAUUUUGCAAAAUUAAAAGUUGAAAAAUCUAUACGUUUGAAUUGGGAUAAUUUAGCUGGAGUAGUAGUAAAUAAUGUUUUAGUAAUUUUUUGGAUGGAUAAUAGUCCUGUCCAUAUGCUCUCAACAAUUCAUGGUAUCAAAGGUAAUGAGUGGAAAGUUUUAAGUUCAAGACGAUGGCCACAAGAAACAAGCUCAAAUGCAAAUAAUGUACGAAAAGUUUUUGGUGAUGAAAUCCGAAAAGAAAUUUUAAUUCCAAAAGCUAUUUAUGACUAUAAUCAUUUUAUAAAUGGAGUUGAUAUUGCUGACCAAUAUCGAUCUUAUUACAAUUGUCAGCUUACUGCUUCACAUACCUGGAUGUCAUUACUAUUUUGGCUAAUAGAUACAGCUAUAGUAAAGUCAUACAUUAUUUUUUGGAAAAAUG